ACUCGCCCACUUCGUUCUCGGAGAUUCGAACAGCCCAACGGAUAUUUUAUCAAACACGGUGUGUGACGUAGGUACCAUAUGGACAAGUUUCAGUUUUAGCUAUACACUCAUGUGGAAGGGUAUGCAAAGUAUCUUGCUGGUAUCGACACGGUCAUGAAAUGAAAGGAAAGAGGAGAAAAACAAAGAGAAGAGGACUUUAAGUGAUGUUUCAAAGACAUUGUGCUUCUUUCUUUACCAAUUCCAUAUACCACGGGGAUUAUUUGGCGUAUUGAUUUCCCAAUUAAAUAACAUAUCUUUUUAAACAUUCUAAAAUAUAUAAUCUAUUAGCACUACGAUGGCCUGUUCAUCCCCACCGGGAAUUGCUAACGGACAACUGGUCAACUCCCAGGCUUCUUAUAGCGGAGGGUCGACAGCACAGUAUUCAUGUAAUACAGUCUACAGUAUGACCGGAAGUUCAACCUUGCAUUGUGUACCGGCCCCUACACCGAAAUCAGGUUCUGCCCCUAGUUUCGUUUGGCAGGGCGCGUAUCCCGUAUGUAAGCUAGAGUUCCUGGAGACAGCCUGGUUCUGGUUGCUGAUUGGUAUACUUGGACUUCUGACUCUUGGACUACUUAGUUGUCUGACCUGGUUCUGUAUCAGAUACUGCUGCAACAACUGCAGAGGUCGUCGGAGAAAGGUUCGGGACGCUGAGGAUAUUGAAGACGACCAGUCUGAGUGCAGUAGACUGUGGUGUUGUUGCUGUUUUUACUGCAUGCGAACACCAAGUAACACAAAGGAUGGCUGCUGUGACUACUUCGGCUGCUGUGGUUACGCCGGAUGCUGUUCGUGUUGCUGCUGGUGUUGCAGAUGCUGCAGAGAAAUUGUAGAGCCGGAAAACAAAGUGCGCGUGCGUCACGUUAAGCAAAAACAUCGCCCUAUAUUUUCAAUGAAACGACAAAAAACUAUCAAAUCUAAAAACAAGAAGAAGAAGAUGGCGAUGUUAAAGCUGAGCAGACAGCAGCAGAUUGUAAAGGGCAACUUGUUACCGACUACUCAAAUGGUACGGUCAAUGAUACAAGACGACCCGAAACUGUUUAGGAAGGUGGCAAAGACACUUCCCGAGUGGAUGCCCCACACAAAUACUGUCAGAAACAUUAACACAAGUACAAAAUAAGUUAUUAUCAAAUACGUCGACCACUUAAUAUUACGUUUGUAUAUUAUAUAAAUGUCAAUUAAAUUAGAACAACGUAGUACACCGUAAUACUAAUAUCUAUGAAGACAACCUAUUCCAACUUCGUGUCAGUCGCACUUGAUUUGGAAAUAAAAUAAUUAGAAGUAA